AUGUAUUCCACCAGUUAUACAGCCGGUCUCGACGAGAUAGCAAAAGAUUUCAAUACUUCAGUGACCAUCGUGACGCUUGGGCUAACUUUAUAUCUUUUUGGGUUGGCUGUCGGCUCUGUCGUAUUGGCUCCCUUAAGUGAAAUGUAUGGUCGCAAGCCUGUCGGUGUGAUAAGUUUGGUCGUCUUCAUCCUCUUAAUCAUACCCUGCGGCAUUGGCAAUUCGAUCGAAGCGCUUUUGGUCACACGGUUCUUUGGCGCCAUUGCGGGCUCCGCAAUGAUAUCCAGUGCGCCUGGUAGCGUUGCUGACGUAGUCGAUGAUGACCGUCGCGCUUUGGCAUUUUCAAUUUGGAGUAUUGGACCUCUGAAUGGGCCAGUAUUUGGUCCUAUCAUCGGUGGUUUCGUUACGCAGUACCUGGGUUGGAGGUGGACAAAUUGGAUCUUGCUGAUACUUUCUGGAGUUGCGUUCGUUUUCUCUUGCAUCAUGAAGGAGACCUACGCACCGGUUCUCCUUCAAAAAAAAGCCGCAAAAAUGCGCAUGGAGACCGAUGAUCCCAGGUGGUGGAGCCGUUACGACCAUAAAGAAUCUCUCUCCGGAGUGCUCAAGAUGAACCUUAGCCGGCCUUUUGUCAUGGCUGUCACGGAGCCAAUCUGCAUCUUUUGGAAUAUCUAUAUUUCGCUUGUGUAUGCGAUACUCUACCUGUGUUUCGUUGCAUACCCAAUCGUCUUUCGUGAAAUUCGCGGUUGGUCCACAGGCAUGUCAGGCCUCGCCUUCAUCGGCAUCGGCAUAGGCGGUCUCAUCGUCGUAUUUGUCGAACCCCUCCUCCGCAAACUGAUCAACAGCCACAAAAUCGAUCCGGAAACCGGCAAGGUUAGUCCCGAAGCCAUGGUCUCCGUGGUGUGCAUUGCUGCGAUCCUUGCGCCGGUCGGGCAAAUGUGGUUUGCGUGGACUUGUUCACCAACAUCAGUCCAUUGGGUUCUUCCCAUCCUCGCUGGAAUACCGUUCGGUGCCGGCAACACCACUGUUUUCAUAUACGCUAGCAAUUACUUGACUUAUAGCUAUGGCGUGUAUGCAGCAUCGGCCAUGGCCGGCAACGCUGUCAUGCGAAGUGUCAUCGGUGGUGUAUUCCCGCUCGUGGGAUCGUAUAUGUACGGCCGACUAGGGGCAAAUUGGGCUGGUACUCUUUUGGCUCUGCUCGAAGUGCUAAUUAUACCGAUCCCCUUUGUGUUUUACCGAUAUGGAUAUAAGAUCCGGAUGAAGAGUGCGCUUAUCCGGGCCAUGCAAGUGGACAAGAAGAAAUUAGAUGGCAAAAGGAAGGCCCUGGAUAAAAGUGGGAAAGAGCCCCUUUUGGUGGCUCCAGAUAUAGAGAAGAAAGAAGAAGUCUAA